AUGGAACAAGCCAUUUCUGACGGCGUCAACAUUAUUUCUAUCUCAAUUAGCUCACGAGAUAGGGCAUUUUAUAAAGAUAACAGAGCUAUUGCAACAUUUGGGGUCAUUGAAAAGGGAGUUUUUGUUUCUGCCUCGGCAGGCAACAAUGGACCUUAUUUGUCUACUCUUGGUAACGUCGCGCCCUGGAUUACUACGGUGGGCUCCAGCAGCAUCGAUAGAGAUUUCCCAGUAUCCGUUGUUUUGGGCAACCAAGAGAUGUACAAAGGCACUUCCACUUACAGCCAACUAGAUGAUGCAACCUUGCAACGGCCUCUGCCAUUGGUGUAUGUAUCCACCAACAUCAGCACAUGCCGUUGCCGGGCUGGCAGCCUUGAUCCCAAUUUGGUUAAGGGCAAAAUUGUGGUCUGUGAUCGAAUAUCUUCGUUCAAAGAAGUGGCGAGGGUAGGGGGUGCAGGAAUGAUUGGUGCAAAUGAUAUGCGCCACGGGUCACUACAGCGCAUUACAAAUCCGAACACUCUGCCAGCUAUCAGCGUGAGUUUUACAACUGGAGAAAAAAUCAAAGCUUACAUCACCAGCACAGGGAGUAAUGCAACGGCUAUGAUGAGUGUGAAAGGAGUGACAGUUGUGGGAAAGGAAACAAUGGCUCCAAUUGUGGCUUCGUCUUCUUCAAGGGGGCCUAGUAAAGGCUAUCCGCAAGUUCUCAAACCGGAUAUGAUUGCACCGGGUGUGAACAUAUUGGCAGCAUACGCUGGAGAGUUGCGCUAUAAGUUUCUUUCAGGGACUUCCAUGGCGUGUCGUCAUGUUAGCGGAAUAGCAGCGCUGGUAAAAGCCAUACAUCCUACAUGGAGCCCUGCUGCUAUCAAAUCCGCCCUCAUGACGUCAUCCUACUUGACUGAUAAUGCAGAGCAGCCAGUCAAGGAUUCAUAUGAUAUGGAGCCAGCGAACCCCUUAGCGUUCGGCUCAGGUCACGUGGAUCCAAAUGCUGCGGUAGACCCGGGGCUUAUCUACGACAUGGUACCUGAAGACUACAUCACCUUCCUCUGCUCUCUCAACUACACGGAACAGCAAAUCUCUCUUCUCACAAAGGACUCAGCUUCCUGUCCCAACUCCAGUUUGGAAGCCAGUGAUCUCAACUAUCCAUCCUUUUCCGUUGUGAUGAAAUCAGGGAGCAAUUCGGUUCAGGUAAAGAGAACAGUGACAUAUGUGGGUACAGAGGGUGAUGCAGUGUACCAAGUGAGUGUGAAGAACCCUCCUGGAAUCAUUAUAAGCGUAGAACCACAAACGUUAAUGUUCGGAAAGCCCUUGGAUACUGCCAGCUAUAGUGUAAAAUUCGAAAGCGCUGUCGUUUGUAGCAAUGACACAGCUGCAUUUGGGGAGAUAAUGUGGAAAUGUACCCAAGGAGGGUCACAGAUUGUGCGAAGCCCGGUUGCCGUAAGCAUUGAAGCUUCACGGUGUCUUUUUCAUCGUAUCAGUAUCAUUACAUAA